UUUUAGCGGUUAGGUGUCAGGACGAGCGCUGUUAAUUUCGGGCAGUGAAUCUGCAAAACAAUCGAAGUGUUUUAAUAUAAUUGAAGUUGUGUUAGAAGUAAUUGCAAGUCAUAUCAAUCAAAAUGGCGGAGAGUUCAUUUACCGAUGCUGGUCGAUUGAUAAAAAUGGAAGUGGAUUACAGUUCAACUGUGGACGAAAAACUUCCAAUUUGCGAAAAAUUAACCAAGGAAGGUAAACUUCAUGAAGCUCUGAGUAUUCUUGGAGACCUUGAAAAAUUGACACGACCAGGAGCUGAUACUCAUUCAACGAGUCGAGUAUUGGUGGCUAUAGUUCAGUUGUGUUACAAAGCAAAAAAUUGGAAAACUCUGAAUGAAUAUAUUGUCAUAAUGACUAAGCGUCGAAGCCAAAUUAAACAAGCUAUUACUAAAAUGAUUCAAGAAUGUUGCAAAUAUGUGGACGAUAUGCCUGAUAGAGAAACCCAAUUGGAAUACAUUGAUACUUUAAGAACAGUUACAGCAGGAAAAAUAUAUGUUGAAGUAGAAAGAGCACGUUUAACACACAAAUUAGCAAAAAUAAAGGAAGAUGAAAAUAAAACUGAAGAAGCUGCUGCUAUUUUACAAGAAUUACAAGUUGAAACUUUUGGAUCAAUGGAACGCAAGGAAAAAGUAGAACUUAUUUUAGAACAAAUGCGUCUGUGUUUGGCAAAGAAAGAUUACAUACGCACUCAAAUAAUAAGUAAGAAAAUCAGCACUAAAUUCUUUGAUGAUCCUUCUACUCAGGUAGAUAUUUUUGAUGUUUUAAAUUCAAAGUUUUAAAUUUUAGUUUUGUUU